AUGGCAUCAGACCAGGAGUCAACGGAUGAGGAGCCGGAUAGUGAAAUGCUGAGUGACGACUUGUGUCUGCAAGACAGCGAUGACGACAGACAGACUGUCAGGAGCGUCCAGAAUCACUCAGAAGACAUUACACCUCUAAAUUCCUGUUUACUUCGACCACCUCGUAAACUCUUCACCAACUGCCGCGAGCGCUGGAGGCAGCAGAACGUUAGCGGAGCGUUUGCAGAACUUAGAAGACUCGUGCCAACUCAUCCACCUGAUAAAAAGUUGUCGAAGAAUGAGAUCUUGAGGAUGGCUAUCAGGUACAUUGGUCUUCUCUGCGAAGUAUUGGAAUGGCAGAAGAACCACGGUCUUCUGACAAAUAAAGAAAACUCUGAUCUUGCUGUGAAAUGUGAAUCACCAAUUAGUCCGCAGUCUAGACAUCUCCGUCUCAAAAGACCGUUCUUUGACGAAGAUGCCAAAAGACCGAAAUUGACUGACGGAGAUUGCGUUAAAUAUGGCAAUGAUGAGAAUGAAGAAAAUCUACGAAGAAAUAUACAUCGGAACGCGAGUUGCAAUAAAGAAUAUUAUUUCGGGAAGGAUCAUCUGAAAAUCUUGAGGACCCAAUAUUAUUUUCCUACAAAAUGGAGGCAGAAUGUACCCUUCAGGAAUUUGGCUGCAGAACGAAAUGGAAAUAAUCUGUUGAUGAUCGCACCAGCGCAAGCUAAAGAUGAUGAUGGCAAGAAUAGUAACAAUAGAAAUAAAGAUAAGAGUGACAGUAAGGAUAAGUAG